AAUAGUAAAUACUUUACAAGACCGAGGAGCAAUGGAAUACACUAUUAUAGUGGCUGAAACAACAAAUUCCCCAGCUACAUUACAAUACCUCGCGCCUUAUACAGGAGCAGCUCUGGCUGAAUAUUUUAUGUAUCGUGAACGUCACACUUUAAUCAUUUAUGCUUAUCGCCAAAUGUUUCUUCUAUUACGAAGACCACCAGGUCGUGAAGUUUAUCCCGGAGAUGUUUUUUAUUUACAUUCGCGUCUUUUGGAAAGAGCCGCUAAAUUAAGUUCUCAGUUAGGUGAAGGAAGUAUGACUGCUUUACCAAUAGUUGAGACCCAAUCAGGAGAUGUUUCAACUUAUAUUCCUACUAAUGUAAUUUCCAUUACAGAUGGCCAAAUAUUCUUAUCUGCUGAUUUAUUCAAUGCUGGGAUCAGACCUGCAAUUAAUGUGGGUAUUUCCGUUUCCAGAGUUGGAUCGGCGGCUCAAAUAAAAGCCAUGAAACAAGUAACUGGUAAAUUAAAAUUGGAAUUGGCACAAUUCGCAGAAUUAGAAGCUUUUGCACAAUUCUCUUCAGAUCUCGAUAAAGCUACGCAAAAUCAAUAGGCAAGAGGUCGACGA